AUGCUAAAUAUUAUUAUACGAAUUAUAUCAGUGUUAGCAAUAUUUUUCGCUAUUUGCACUGGGCUGAAAUGUUUCGUUGGUCGAGAAUUCAUCGGUGCUCUCGGCAAUGGUGGAUCAUUUUCUGAAGUUCUAUGUCCAGUGGGCUCAUCCUUCUGUGUCAAACGUCAUUUUGCUAUACAAUGUAAACUAAAUAUUAUUUAA